AUCUCAUGCUACGCAAGAUGGUCAUCAAGCUGUUCUUCCCGUCUCAUAUAGGUACGGUACUCAUCCCUCGACGACUCAGCCCAUCCUGGUAAGAACACAAGACAGGAGAAUGAGAUAAGAACCAGAGACGUAACAAAACCAACAAACAUGUCCGCCCCACCGCUACCCAAGACGAUGAAAGCCUGGCAAUACUCGGCGACGACAGGCGGCAUCGAAAAGAACCUUGUUCUCAACGAGGCAGCACCCAUUCCCACUAUAUCCUCCCGACUCGGGGACUCGGAGCUCCUGAUUAAAGUCCUCUCGGCGAGCCUCAACCCAGUCGACUACAAGGUGCCCGAGCUGGGUCUGGUCGCCCGCGCUGUGAUUCGCACACCGGCGACGCCCGGCGUAGACUUCUGCGGACGGGUAGCGCAGACUACCAGGACAGUGGACGACUUUGCCAUUGGAGACUUGGUCUUUGGGCGCAUCGACGGGCAGCAGCAUGGGACCAUGGCGGAGUACAUCGUUGCGCCGACUAAGGCUUGCGCCCAGGUGCCAGACGGAGUGAGCGUUGACGAGGCUGCGGCGGUCGGUGUUGCGGGCAUGACGGCUUAUCAUGCCAUUGCCCCCAAUGUCAAGCCUGGAGACAAGGUCUUCCUCAACGGUGGCUCCGGAGGCACCGGCACCUUUGGCAUACAGAUCGCCAAAACGCUCGGCUGCCACGUCACCGUGACAUGCUCUCCCGGCAAAGCGGACCUCUGCCGCUCUCUGGGCGCCGACGAGAUCAUCAACUACACCUCGGCCGACGUCUCCCAGACUCUCAAGGCCGCCAAGGGCCAGGUGUUUUCUUUGGUUGUCGACAACGUGGGCGCGCCCGGGGACCUCUACAAAGCUGCUAACGACUUCCUUCUGCCAGAAGGUAAGUUCGUGCAGGUUGGUGCGCCUGUCAGCUUGCAGGCUGCCAAGACGGUGGCCUCGAGGCUUCUGCUCCCCUCCUUCUUGGGAGGGGGCAAGCGUAAGUAUGAGAUGUACAACCUCAAGCAUGGCUCGGAGGACCUGAAGCAGCUGGGGCAGUGGAUCGCUGAGAAGAAGAUCAAGGUGGUCGUUGAGCAGACGUAUGAGCUGGGGGAGCUGCCUAGGGCGUUUGAGAGGCUGAAACAAGGGAGGAACGCGGGGAAGUUGGUUGUUCAUGUUGGAAAAGACUGAGGAUGGAGUGGUCGUCGUCAGUGGGUGGAACAGUGAUAUGACCCUGGGUACAGUAUAUGUCCCAUCCCGUCACUACAAACCAUGGUCGUCAGUCACUUGCAAACUCAUAAGGGACAUGGGAGUGAAGCAGAUUGGACAGUGAGGGACAACGCAGCUCUUACGUUGGACGGAGAGUUGGUUCUAGAAGGGUUACCCUACAGUUGCUGUGUUAGUACUAGUUUGUUCUUUCUUGUGUCUGCUUGCGGUAGGCAAUCAUGUUUUGUGCUGUCAAAUCCACACAUCACCGAUGUAAUUGAGGAGUAUACUGGUAUAGUCUUUAGAUACCAAGAGCCUCAUACUCUUAAAUCUUUCUCUGGGCCGUGGUUCUGGAGUGGGGGGUGCACUGGACUGUAUAUAUGACAGACUACUAGCAUCACUACGAUAUCGAGUACCUAUUCGUCA